AUGGCCAUAGUUGUGGAUUAUAUUAUUAAAGUUUUUAAUGAAACAAUUAAUGUUUUUAAUGAAAUAAUCAAUGAUAUAUAUUUAAAGUUAAUAUUGAAACAUUCUCCAGCCACUUUAGGAGGAAUGUUAAUUGCAUAUACCUGCUUAGUAGUCAUGAUGUUAGUGCCUAUACUUUUAGAAUAUUUCCAUUCAAAACAAUCGCAUGUACGCAACAAAGUUAGUACCAUUCACUAUUAAAUUAUAUUAUAUUGAUUAAUAUUCAAAUUUCUAUUUCUAGGUAAAAAAAGGAUUACCAGAUUUAGUAGCAACAAUAGAUGUUGUGAAGUUUGGAGUUAUUUUUUAUGUUGUUAAUUUUACAGUCUUCAUUAAAAUAUUAAGGGUAUAA